AAUAGCCGUAUAUUUUUUCGUUCUUCUGGUUUCUACUUGCUUUUUCAACUACUUUUCAUAUCACGAUGCCACCUGUCCAGGACGCUGAGAAAGCCAGUAGCACUGUUACUAAAGGGCCAUCGCCGCUGUCAUCAUUGCCAUCAUUGUCAUCAUUGUCACCAUUGUCACCAUUGUCAUCCGAGUCGCAGGCAGAAGAGCUCAGGGCGCUGCUGUCAGAGGCAGCCAAUGUGUUUGCAGGCUACGUUGAUGAGGCAGCUAGAGACUCGUCCGACGUCAUUAAGAAUGCAUCGCCGCAGCAGUUGUUGGCAGCACUCGAUCUGAGGCUGCCCGAAGACGGCGUAGGUCGGGACGGUAUCUGGAACGACAUUCACAGCAUCUGCGACUCGGCAGCAAACACGUGGAACAAGGGCUUCUUGUUCAAGUUGUUUGCAUCGCCAACGCCGAUUGGGGUGGUCGGUGAGGGACUUACAGCGCUGCUCAACAACAACUCCCAUGUCUACGAAUCAUCGCCGACUGCCACUGUUCUGGAGGCCACACUUGGCUCGAAACUCGCUGAGAUGGCCAACUUCCCGACGGACACUGCGGCGGGACUCACAUUCCCUGGCGGAUCAUACUCGAACAUGCAUGCGCUGAUGACUGCUCGCAACCAGCGAUUCUGCGAGCUCAAAACUGGUGGGUUUGCUGCAUUGGCAGGCGUGAGGCCAGUCGUCUUCACCAGCCAUCAUGGGCAUUAUUCGAUCGACAAGUCUGCGGUGGCAGCCGGUAUUGGCCUUGAUAACGUUAUCAAGGUGCCGACUGAUGCAAACGGCCGGAUGGAUCCACAGGCACUGCGGCAUCUGGUUGCCCAAUCAAUUGCCGCUGGUGCCACGCCAUUCUUUGUGAAUGCCACAGCCGGAACUACGGUGCUUGGCGCGUUCGACCCAGUGGCCGAAAUUGCCGAUAUCUGUGAAGAGUUCUCAAUGUGGCUUCACGUUGACGGAUCCUGGGGCGCGCCGCUGGUGCUGUUUGGCGACCGCGAGGCAACAGGCUUCGAGUUUCCAGCAGGGAAAAUCAACUCGCUCACUGUGAAUCCGCACAAGCUGAUGGGUGUUCCCCUGCAAUGUUCGUUCCUGAUCAUGCGCGAUGGGCUCGGGACCAUGAAGGAGUCGCUGGGACUCAAUGCCAGCUACUUGUUCCACCAGCAGACACACGCAGACGAUAUGCUAUCAGUAGGCGGUGAUCCUGCUUCAGCCGCCUGUGCGAGACUGGGCGGCAGCUGGGACGUGGGUGACGCGACCAUGGGAUGUGGCCGGCGGCCAGAUGCGAUCAAGCUGUGGGUGAGCUGGAGAUACUACGGGACAAAAUACUUCCACGACCGUGUCGUUCGCGCCCGGCAGCUGGCUCUGGAUUUAGCUUCAAUGGUGGAGACCCGGCAAACCGCAGAGGGCCAAUGGCGGCUAUUCACCCGGCCGCAGAGCAACUGCGUAUGCUUCUGGUUUGUGCCUCAUGGCAUUGGUGAGGAGGACCUAGGCGAAGUUACCAAGGCAAUCUGCCAUCACAUCAACAAGGCAGGCAAGAUCCUAAUUGACUAUGCUACUGUGGAUCUGUACAAGCCAUUGCCUGGCCAGGCGAUCGGUGAAAGAUACCAGAUCCCUACGUUCUUCCGCAUCCCGCUAAACAACCCGGCCGUCGAUACAAGCACAUUGGAACAGAUUCUGUCGAUUAUCGAGGGAGCAUCUGUUGAACUCUACCACCAGUAGUCUCACUGAGAAUGCUUCGCCUAGUGUACUUUAUGCGCCAUUGCCAACGUCUUGUAGAAAGAAAGCGAGAAUAAUAUAUAGCUACGAACACC